AUGGCCGACGCACACAAGGAUCUGUCCGAUCAGCUUGCGCGGCUGGAGGAGAUGUUCACCAUUCCUCAGGCCAAGCUGAAGCAAAUCACCGAGCGCUUCGUUGGCGAGCUUGAGAAAGGAUUGUCGGUCGAAGGAGGCGACAUUCCUAUGAACCCGACCUGGUGUAUGGGCUACCCGACCGGCCACGAGAAGGGCACCUUCAUCGCUCUCGACAUGGGCGGCACGAACCUCCGCGUCUGCGAAGUAAUCCUCACCGAAAAGAAGGGCGAGUUCGAGAUCAUACAAUCGAAAUACAAGAUGCCUGAGGAACUGAAGACUGGCACCGCGGACGAGCUCUGGAACUACAUCGCAGACUGUCUGCAGCAGUUCAUUCAGCAGCAUCACGAUAUGAAGGAAUUGAAUCAUCUGCCUGUUGGCUUCACAUUCUCGUACCCCGCCACCCAGGAGUACAUUGAUCACGGUGUGCUUCAGAGAUGGACCAAGGGGUUCGACAUUGACGGCGUUGAAGAAAAGGACGUCGUACCGCCCUUCGAAGCGGCCAUAGCAGCACGCGGCUUGCCCUUGAAACUCACGGCGCUCGUAAACGACACAACCGGCACCCUGAUCGCUUCCGCCUACACAGACACUGACAUGAAGAUUGGCUGCAUCUUCGGAACCGGCUGCAAUGCGGCAUACAUGGAGAACGUGGGCUCAAUACCAAAACUCGCGCACAUGAACCUCGACCCGGACCUCCCCAUGGCCAUCAACUGCGAAUGGGGCGCCUUCGACAACGAGCACGCCGUCCUGCCUCGCACCCCCUACGACAUCACCAUCGACAAGGAGUCGCCACGUCCAGGCCAGCAAACCUACGAAAAGAUGAUCGCCGGCCUCUACCUCGGCGAAAUCUUCCGCCUCGUCCUGCUAGACCUGCACCAGAACCCGGACUGCAGCAUGUUCGAAGGCCAGGACAUCUCGCUCCUCCAGAAACCCUACUUCCUCGACUCGGGAUUCCUCUCCCAGAUCGAAGAAGACCCCCAUGACAAUCUUCAAAACACGCUCGAACUCUUCAAGAGUACUCUAAACAUUUCCCCAUCACGCUCUGAACUCGAGUUCAUCCGCAAGCUAGCCGAAAUGAUUGGAAUCCGCGCCGCUCGCCUCACGGCCUGCGGUAUCGCCGCCAUCGUGAAGAAGAAGGGCUGGAAGACGUGCCACGUCGGCGCCGACGGCUCCUUGUUCAGCAAGUCGAAAUUCUUCAAGGGAAGACAGGCGCAGGGUCUCAAGGACAUCCUCGACUGGCCUGAGGAGUAUGGCAAGGGUAAGGGCGAUCCAGUGGAGGUGCUGCCGUCGGAGGAUGGGUCGGGUGUGGGUGCUGCGUUGAUCGCGGCCUUGACUAUGCAGCGGGUGAAGGAGGGGCAGGUUGCAGGGAUUCGGGAUCCGCAGGCUAUGCUUAGGGCGUUUAAGAUGUAA